GAUAAUGGAACAGGACGACUAUUUUACUGCAGCCCAGGAACAACUAAGGGAAGAGCAAGAAUUGAAGCGCGUUAUUUCUCAACGUAGUAAAAAUAUCGAAAAGCUUGCCGCAGAUAUCAAACAACUUAGACAAGUUUUAGAGGAGUAUAGAGUCUCCACGACAAGUCUUUCAGAUGCGACCCUGACUGAGCAAAACAUCGAAUCAAAACUGGAAAAUGAAGCUAAGGAAAUGUGUGAAAGACUAGGCCCUACAGAGAUUCAAGGAAUUAUGCAAACACUUCGACAGAAGAAAGUUUUAAUAUCUGCAGAGAAUGCCAAAUUGAGGAAGGAACUCCAAGACCUCGAUGAUUGAAUGCUCAAUUCUAUGACAAGUGCAAGGAAAGCUGGUAGGGAAGCAUACAAAAUUGCAUCCUUCAUCUUGAGAAAGGUUACAUCCCUGGCUCAGCCAGGCUUGAUGAAAUUUUGAGUAAGGCAAAAUUAUUUAUACCUUGCUAAGCAUUGGCUUUGCAAUGGUAUAGGCAUGACGAAAAAAACAUGACUUAAUGCUUCAAAUAAGCUCAUUUCACAUC